CACAACUCCUUGAUAAAUACAUAAACACACAAAUCAUAAUAAAAUUUGUAGUAAUAUAAGUUUGUUGUGGUUUCGUUGAAAAUCCACAAUAGUCGGAAAUAGACAGAGAACGUUUCAACGCCCAUUUUUCCCGGGCAAAAACUAACUAACUAACUAACUAACAAACAGCUCUGUUCUCGUUUCUGUCACCUUCUUUGUUGUUGUUACUUCCCCUCUUUCUUUGGGCUAAUAGGGUUUCUAUUCUUCUUUCGUAUCCCCGCUAGAAUGCUCAGAUGGUCGAUUGAGGUUGAUCAUCUAGAAGAAGAAAAUCAAUAGAGGAUCUCCAAUUCUAGGAUCUUUUUCUUUUUUGAAGAUCUAAAAGGCUCAAAAUCUUAAGCUUUUUUUUUUUUUUUGGUUUUUCCCCUGAAAGUAUUAUUACAAAUGAGCGCUUCAAGAUUUGUAAAGUGUGUGACGGUUGGUGAUGGAGCUGUCGGAAAAACAUGUCUGUUGAUUUCUUACACUAGCAACACUUUCCCUACGGAUUAUGUGCCUACCGUUUUCGAUAAUUUCAGUGCAAAUGUGGUGGUUAAUGGAGCCACCGUCAAUCUUGGAUUGUGGGAUACUGCAGGGCAAGAGGAUUACAACAGAUUAAGACCACUAAGCUACCGUGGAGCAGAUGUUUUUAUAUUGGCAUUCUCCCUUAUCAGUAAAGCCAGUUAUGAAAACGUCUCCAAAAAGUGGAUUCCGGAGUUGAAACAUUACGCACCUGGUGUCCCCAUUAUCCUUGUUGGAUCAAAACUUGAUCUUCGAGAUGAUAAGCAGUUCUUCGUCGACCAUCCUGGUGCUGUCCCAAUCACUACUGCUCAGGGAGAGGAGCUUAAGAAGCUAAUAGAAGCACCUUCUUACAUCGAAUGCAGUUCCAAAUCUCAAGAGAAUGUGAAGGCAGUGUUUGACGCGGCCAUUCGAGUGGUGUUGCAACCUCCGAAGCAGAAGAAGAAAAAGAGCAAAGCGCAGAAGGCAUGCUCCAUCCUAUGAAGAUGAUGAUUUGGACAACUCUGUUUUUUUUUAUUUGUGGUUUUGGUAUAUUAUUAAUCUUCUAACACUGCAUCAAUGUGUUAAUGGAUGAUAAACACCCCAAGUUUGGUUUGGUCCUUUUUCAUGUUCUUAAUACUAAUGGAGUUUGUUCGAACCUAA